AUGGUGACCAAGGUGAAUGGGCGGAGUUGGCCGAGAUCACAGCAACGGCCGACGGUAAUGUCACGGUUAUCUACACAUAUUGGUGGGAUGUUGUGGAUCUGGGCGUGCUCAGUGUGCAGCUUUUUUAUGUACAUAUUCAGGAGACAGUAUCGAAUGGUAAGAAAGUUGAAGUUAUAGUUGUAACAAGCGAUUUUGAUAGGUUUUAUUUUAGUGAUAAGACUUGAAGGGUUUGUGUGCGGUCUGAGGAUCAAAAUUUGGUUUUGGAUGAUAAAGUUGCUAAAGUUAACAAAAAUAAGAAAAUAAAAACAUAUGAAAUAUUUUAAAAAGGUUUUAAAGGCAAUUCAAGACAAUAUAUCUCAAAAGCUUUGACGAUUAACAUCGAUUAACUUACUAUUUUUAGAUAAGAAAACAUCAAGCAGUACGAUACGACAUUGUUCCACUAUCACCACUAACAAAUCAACGAUUAAGUAAGUUUAAAUUUAAAAUUAAGUAUUUCAAAUUAUAGGUAUGGUGAAAAGGAAGAUAUUAGUCUUAGAUCUGGAUGAAACGCUAAUACAUUCACAUCACGAUGGGGUACUACGACCUACCGUGAAACCUGGAACACCGCCGGACUUUGUUUUAAGGGUAGGUAACGUUAUUUUAUUAACAUUUUUAAAAGCAUUGAUAAAACUAAAAAAUGUAAAUUUAAUACAAGUGGAUGGGUUGGCGACUGCGAUUUAUAUUUUACAAAAGUCUUUAACAAAAGUAAAUUGACUGCAAAACUCAAUAUAAAAAGCUCGAUCUGUCUUUACAAUAUUUUUUAAAUUUUUGACAUUUUUUUAGGUAGUGAUAGACCAGCAACCAGUCAGGUUCUUCGUUCAUCUUCGGCCACAUGUCGACUUCUUUUUGUCUGUCGUAUCUCAAUGGUUUGAUUUGGUCGUAUUUACUGCUAGUAUGGAAGUUUAUGGUACUUCAGUGGCGGAUAAACUAGACAAAGGACGAGGAUGGCUGAAUCGACGAUACUUCAGACAACAUUGUACGGUAGAUUACAGUGGCUACACGAAAGAUUUGUCGGCGAUUCACAAUGACAUGGGGUCGAUUUUUAUUUUAGACAACUCUCCUGCUGCUUACAGGAAUUUCCCACGUAUGUUUUUGUACUUUUGGACUAUUUUUUAUAUGAUUUUAGGUAAUAUAUGUAACUCAACAUUUUAAAUUACAAAAAGUGUAUUAUUUUAAUGCUUUUAAUGAAUAUUUGAUUUAAAAACGUGCAGUUUAUUCAAUCACGUUGUUAAUACUUGGUUUAACGUGUCUUUUAUCAUUAAAAGCUUAGUCUUUUUAUAAAAUCAUAUUGUUUAUCCUUUUCAGACAAUGCAAUUCCGAUCAAAUCGUGGUUCUCGGACCCCACAGACACGUGCCUUCUGAAUCUGCUGCCUUUCCUAGAUGCCCUUAGGUUCACGUCAGACGUGAGAUCGAUCCUUUCUAGAAAUCAGCACCGCCAAUUUGGAAAUCCUAUUAAUCAGCCUACUCUAAGGUCCAAUAUCAUGAAGUACGGAAAUUACGGAUGA